UCGAGUAAGAGAUCAGAACGCCAUCUAUUACUUCUCCAAAGCUGGUCCGAAAUUUGGGUCUUGUGCAGCUCUGUGGAUAAUGUGUAACGAAAAACGACAAUUUUAUUGCGCUUCCAGCUCUAGUUAUGAACCUAUAAAAGGUGAAGGGUAUUUCACGAUCGCCGAUUAUGAAGUAUUUCAAGUUGACAAAAAAAUCACUUAA